AUGCUCCCAUUCUAUUUCCUUCGCCCCUUCAAGGUCUACAUCGUCCCCCGCAUCGAAUUUUUGAUUGAAGGCCAGCCAUGCGGACGAACGGCGAUCCCGGCGGCCUUGGUGGACAAAAUCCUAGCCAUGCACCCAGCACCCUCUGUCACGAACUGUCUCAACGCAAUGCCCCAAAAUGUCAAUCUUGCAACAACCCAAGAUCACUUUCAAGCACUGUGCGAUGAGCACGACAGGGCUCUUUACUACUACCCCCUACAACACCCGGAUGCCGGUCCCGAAACGCGCUUCCACGUCAUCACAAACAAGUGCAAGAAAAGAAUGCGCGUUACCUAUCCCCGCAGUGAUUCUGAGGAUGACGCAAGCGUGGGAAGCCAUCUCAUAGCGCAGGAAAUGCUUCAACUCAGGCUGGAGGUUUGGAAUAGGGGAAGCCCCCCGGAUGACGCGACAUCGAUCACUGUCGCCAUGCCAUUCCCUUUGGGCGACUAUCGGUUUGCAACUCUAUGGUCGUACUUCUAUACUGUUCUUUCGUCGUUGGUGAAGCUUUUAAUGUCGAUUCUGAAUUGGGUUUGCCGGCCACGCUUCUUGCGAAGAUUGACAGUCGGGGGUGCUGAAGGGGAAGUUCGAGGUUCAGAUAUGUAA